GCAUUUCACUGUGGUGCACUGCCAUCGCUAAAUUAGCCCAAACCGCGCGCCUAUCAGCAGCUUGGAAUGAAUCUCUAACUAUAUAAGAAGCCGUGGGUGGAGAGUGAAUCUAUUUACCCUCUGACCCCUGCUUUGGCACUCGCACUAUGGACCUCAGAAAACGACGACCCUCUACCUAUGGGCCGGAACCUCACCCACCAAAGCGGCGUUCCCCUAUGGCACCCGACGAUAAUCAACAAUCAUCCGCCCCAUCUUCAUUACUUGACCCUUCCCAGACCCAUCCUGCUAACCCGCCAACUCUCCAAACCGGCGACAAUAAUCUUCAUGAUUGGCACAGUGGAGCGUAUGUCGUGGCUCACGGAACCGCAACUGGUUCUGGUGAUUCUUACCCCCUAAGCAGUGUGACGAUGCUGCCUGGGCUAUCUUACAGUCAUCCGCACCUGCAUUCCUUCCCUCCAUCACAUCAGGUCCUUCCUGCUGACCCCCAGGCUCUCCAAAGCUGCGACAUUCCUCAUGAUUGGCGCAGCAGGUCAGUUGAACCCUAUCUCGGGGUUCCUGCGCCCGCACCCGCUUUUGGUCCUUCCGGUGAUCCUUGGCCUUUCCUAAUCCCCGAGCUUGAGCUACCUGAGAUAUAUGAGAGUGAUUCGCAAUCACACGCUUUGGUCUCAUCGCUUGACAUCUAUCCCAUCAGCUCACAAACCCCCUAUGAAGGUAGUCACCCUGAUCGGUGGGAUGGAUCGACGGAAUCUCAUCCCGAAAUUUCCCAGAUUGCGGCACCAUGGUCACCUUCUGGCGGUCUUCGAUCGCUCGCGCCAGACAUGAGGACCUGGCGGUCAAAUGUCAAUAGUAUCAGCCAAUCGAGCACACCUGUCCUUGGAUCCUCUGUCCCCACUACGCCUGCAUCGUCGAUUCCUGCGCAUUCGGACCAAUUCCUAUAUCCCCCUUCGGCGCCAUCACUCUCCGAAACUGCUUGCGCAAAUCCUGACCCUUGGGCCCCAUACGGCAAUAGUGAAAGCACCCGCACACAACUGGAACAUGCUAUGAACUUAUUUGUACCCCCUGUGUCAGAACCGACUACGUCAUCGUCGGCUGGCCCGUCGGAGGGCAAAAAGGAAAGCAUCAUUAGCGCCACUAGACUCAUUCUCCAAACCGCAUCCUCCGCUCUCAAAUUCUCGCCUGUCCCGUUCCUCCCUAACAUUCCGGACUCACUUCUCACGCUGCUUCAGGUUUACGAGAACGUCAGCAGUAAUAACAAAGCUCUCAAAUGGCUGAAUGAUGAUGUGCAAAGUGCGUGUAGCACCAUGUUACGGCCACUCCAGCUGUGGACGGGACCGAUACCUCCCGAAGUUAUUUUUCUAGUGAAGGAAUUACACUUGGCUCUGGAAGGCCAGGUCCAGAGGAUCAACUCACUCCAGAGUCAGAACCGAAACCUCUUCAAGAAAAUAUUCAAUGCGGGCCCGUUAGCGCAAAGCAUAACCGACGUGAGGACGUGUAUCAGUGUAGCACUCUCCCGGUUUGCGACGGCGGCAACAACUUUAAACCUUCUCAAUACGAUUCAAGUGUCGGUGGACUGUUUGUCCUUUUUUGUUUCGAUUUAGGCUUUCUAGCUCAACGCCCAUUUUCAGAUGAGCUUUCAAAACUGCCCAAAGCGGAUGCUGAGUGGCAUCGCGUGAAGAGCAAGUCAGAAUGCCUCGAAACCAC